UUCUUCAUCGACCUGCGGCUACCCUACUCUGUCGUGCGCAACGAGCAAGUGGAGAUCCAGGCCGUGCUCUACAAUUACCAGGAUGUUGGGGAGCUCAAGGCGAGGGUGACCCUGCUCUACAACCCAGCCUUCUGCAGCCUGACCACCGCCAAGAAACCCUAUCAGCAGAUUCUGAACAUCCCAGCCAAGUCCUCAAUAGCCAUGCCUUUUCUCAUCGUGCCUCUGAAAGUUGGCCUACAUAGCGUGGAGGUCAAGGCUGCUGUUGACAAUCGUUUCCUCAUGGAUGGUGUCAAGAAACUCUUGAAGGUCGUGGUGAGUCCUUGGGGCACCUGCAGUGCCUUGUCCUUUGGGAGAGGCUCCUGUCUCCCCAUGCUGUCAACCCAGGUUGGAGACACUGACUCUGAGACACCAAGAGUGUCCAGUGUCCAGCUUAGGAUGCUUGGGAGUCCUACAAGUUUGGAACCAAGGCCAGGAUUAGGGUGAGUCAGUGAGGAACAG